UAUAGCGACAUUUUUGUCAUGCAUCGUCAACAUUUGGGAGAAAAAGGCAGCGACUUGAAUUCACUGUGAGACUAAACUGAAGCUUCUCUGAAUUCGUUCUCCGCCCAAAUGUCGACUCCAAAAUUCUUCGAAACAGCCAAGAAGGUUUUCUCGGUAAAAUCCGCAUCAAAUUCAAAUAAAAAAGUCGCCAAAUUGAUCUCCAAGACCCUAAUAAACUCAGUCUCAAAGCCCCUUCAAAUCACACCCUCUCUCAUUUCCAGCCUCAAUUCGCAAAUUACCCACCUUGUUCUCUCAAACCCACAUGUCCCAACCCAAUCUUGUGUGCACUUCUUCAAAUUCCUCCAAACAAACCCAUCUCUCACUCCCCACAAACCCAAUCUUCAAGCUCACAUAACCCUCGUUUGCCGCUUAUUCAAAACCAGAAACUUCAUUGAAGCCAAGAAUGUGUUGAACAUUCUUGCCAACAACGAUGAUCUCAGACACCCAGUUCAGGAUAUAGUGUCUUUAGUAUCAGAAGAUUGUAAAGAACCCAAGAUUGUUGUGAAAUUAUUUGAUAUGCUCUUUAGGGUUUAUGCGGAUAAUAGAAGGUUUCAGGAGGGUUUAGAGGUUUUUGAGUUCAUGAAAAAUAGUGGGUUUGAGAUUGAUGAUAGAUCUUGCAUGGUUUAUCUACUCGCACUGAAGAGAUAUGAUAAAACAGAGUCAUUGUUAGGGUUCUUUCGUCGGAUGGUUGAAGCAGGUGUAAGAAUUACAGUUUAUUCGAUGACGAUGGUGAUUGAUGGAAUGUGUAAGCGAGGAGAGGUUGAUAAAGCUAGAGAAUUGAUGCAUGAAAUGGUUAGUAGAGGAACUAAACCCAAUGCAUAUACAUAUAAUACAUUGAUAGAUGCAUAUGUAAAGAAAUUGGAUUUGGGUCGAGUUAAGGAGAUACUGAAUACAAUGGAAAAGGAAGGUUUGGCCUACAAUGCGGCAACAUAUACACUCCUCAUUGAAGGUUCUGGCAAGAUUGAAGAGGCAGAGAGAUUGUUUGAAGACAUGCACAAGAAGGGAAUAGAGGCUGAUGUUCAUGUGUAUACUUCUUUAAUUAAUUGGAAUGGUAGGUUUGGAAAUAUGAAAAGGGCAUUUGCGUUGUUUGAUGAAUUGACUGAGAGAGGCCUUGUUCCGAAUGCUCACACUUAUGGGGCUUUGAUUAAUGGUGUGUGCAAGGCCGGGCAGAUGGUGGCUGCGGAAGUUUUGCUAGAUGAGAUGCAAAUUAAGGGAAUUAAUGUAAAUCAAUUUAUUUUUAAUACAGUAAUGGAUGGGUACUGUAAGCAAGGGAUGAUAAAUGAAGCGUUCAAGCUGCAGGUUAUCAUGGAGAGCAAAGGACUCGAGGCUGACGUGUUUGCUUAUAACAUAAUUGCUACCGGGUUGUGUAAAUUGAACCGGCGUGAGGAAGCGAAGAGGUUGUUGUGCACAAUGGUAGACAAGGGUGUAGCUCCAAACACAGUGAGUUUCACUACAUUGAUUGAUAUAUAUUGCAAGGAAGGAAAUUUUGUUGAAGCGAAAAGGCUGUUUCGGGAGAUGAAGAACACAGAUGAGAAACCUAAUGCUGUGACAUACAAUGCUCUAAUAGACGGGUUUAGCAAGAAAGGGAAAAUGAAAGAAGCUCGUAUGCUAAGAGAGGAGAUGAAAGACAAUGGGGUGGUAGCAGAUGUGUAUACCUACACAUCACUUAUACAUGGAGAAUGUAUACAUGGAAAGAUAGAUGAGGCACUGAAAAUGUUCAAUGAGAUGCCACAGAGGGGAUUAAUUCAGAAUGUAGUAACUUACACAGCUAUGAUUUCAGGGUUAUCAAAAGCGGGGAGAUCUGAUGAAGCUUUUGGAUUGUAUGAUGAGAUGAAAAGGGCAGGCAUUACUCCAGAUUCCUCUGUAUACUCUUCACUUGUGGCCAGUCUUCAUACAGCCACAUCUUAGC